AGUCGAUACAUUCUAAUGUGUCAAGCCCUCUAGAAUGAAAUCGUCCCCAAGAUAUCGCGUGAGUCGGCGAUAAACCGAGGAGGGGCCGUUCGACUCGGUUAGCCGGCAGUUGGAGCACGCUCCGGAUAUCAGGCCGGUUAGACACCUGUGUGUGGGAAGCCGUAAGACUACAGGUUUGACAAAUGAUCAACAUCUGAUAAGUCAUCGGAAUGCUCUCAAAUCUCGCAGUGCCCUUUGUGUUGCUGUGGGCAGGCGCUAGAGCUAAUCGAGGGGUCCCAGUGUCCGAAGCCUUGCCCGUCGACUUCUUCUGCUUCAGACGGCUGAACGACACUCACCAGUUCGGUUGUUCAUCUGACUACAACGGCAAUGUAGGCGUGGUUCACGUAGUGCGUGGAUCGAAGGAUAUCGAGUACGUCGAAUCCACUGGUCCGCCCACGAAGUACAUGGCUUUAAUCGACGACGUCGACCUGAGAGUGGACACUCUAGACAGAUUUGCGAAAUCGAACCGGGUUUCCGGUGUUCUCGUGACUCAGACAAAUAAAAAGGCACAGGCGUUCUCCAUCGACGAUACCUGCCCGAACAGGUAUUCCUCAUUCUACAAAGGCGAGGAGAGUUGCCAAAAAAACAAAAUCGACGGCAAUAAGGUGUCUUCGGCCCUCCUCCGAGACUACCCCUUCCCAAUUUUCUACGUGAAUGAAACAUUGACGGAGAAAGUUAUCGUUUGUUAUAAUAAAUUCAACAAGGAUACAACCCAGAACUCUCUAUACGAGAAAAGGAAAUGCUCCCUGAAGAUGUUCGCCCCCAUGAAUGCCGCAGUCGACUCGAAAACUUGCUUACGACGAACCCAGCUGCUCUCGUACUUCACCCUGCCCACGCAUUUCUGCGAUCCCCUCGAGAACAAAAACGUCUUCGCUCUACUCGAAGCAUCCGAACCCGCUCAAGAAACAGUAAUCAUCGCCGCGAGACUUGACUCGUUCUCCUUGUUCAGUGGUCUAGCGCCUGGCGCGGAUUCCGCUGUCAGUGGUAUCGUAUCCUUAUUGACUCUCGCCGAAGCUCUGACGAAGGUGAAAUCCUCGACGAUACGCAACAAGAACAUUCUAUUCGCUCUCUUCAAUGGCGAAGCGUUCGACUACAUCGGUUCGUCGAGAUGCAUUCUCGACUUGACUAACGGAGGCUUCGCGUACAACUUGGGAAUGGAUAACAUAACCAGCAUCAUAGAGCUCAAUCAGCUGUUCCUGACGACUGAUUCGGAGAAAAAUUGGUUCGCACACGUCGAUGCGGAGCAGUACAACGAUCCGGAGAUGCGUAAAAAGUUGGACGCCAUUCUCACCAGCCUGAAAGCCUCGGGUCGGAUCGUGGAUUCAGUGGACAACGAUCUCCCUCCUUCUUCGGCACGUCGCUUCCUUAACGACAAACCGAAGCUGGCAACCGUGGUCUUGACAAACUACAAGCAAACGUUCGCUAACCAUUAUUAUAACUCCAUCUUCGAUUCUUACCCUCAUCGGAUUAGCGACAUACCAAAACAAUCAGAAAAGCUCCAGGGUUUGCUCGCAUCCGUCGGAGACACAGUACUGAAGAUGGUCGCUCCGCCAGGCAGCAGCCCCGCUCCCCUCGAGAUCAAUAAACAGUUGAUUGACGACCUCCUGGUCUGUUAUUUGAGAAACUCCAGCUGUCCGAGGUUCCAAGCGGUAGUGAACUCCAUCAGCAGGAAAAUUCUUCGAGAGGAGCCUCAUUCAUUGUACGUAAGCGUGAGCCCGCCGAGUGGAACGACAAGUGGAUCGACAGCUCUGACGUACCUCAGUUUAGUGCGCUAUAGCGGACGAGUCGUGGACAAUGUCACCGAUGCUGAGGCUUGUCUCGCACUGCACCGAGCGAACACCGAACGAAACUAUACGUGGAUGUAUGGCGAAAAUCCGAAACCUUCGGAACCAGGCAUUUGCGUCGAGCACUUGGCAACGAUGACGACCGCCAGGAGCCCGGCAUUCGAUUCUCAAGAUUCGGAUGAGCUCCAUUACUCGACUUGGACAGAAUCCAUCUGGAGUCAGCCGGAGAUGUCGCUCUUCAUCCAGGCUUCCGUACGGAGCCAAUACACGGCUCUAGCCCUAGGAUUCGUCAUUUUUGCAACCAGCUUACUGCUCAGCGUCCUGAUCUAUCGGAAAUCAGAUGACAUUUUCGAAGAUCCGAACCCGACCCAAACGCCCGCAUCACCAGUAGCCUGCUGAGUGAAGGCCCCGAGGAUUAUUCGUUUUGAAAAAAAGUCGACUCCGUUCCAAACCGAAUUGAUGGGGUCUCUGUGAUGUAUGAUUCUAGAAAUGACGUGUUCUACGUCAGAAAGCCGGCGACGGCCGAACUUACCCGCCGACGAAUUUCCGAAGUUUUGGGAGCGAAUCGGAGUCUGCCAGCUCCGCUCGUCGAGGAGACCGCGCUCGAUGAGUUGAGGAUUUGAUUUGAUGCCGGUUCCAGCGAAUGAAUAAACUGUAAAUAUUCUACCAUGGUA